AUGCUGAGAUCACGGCGUUCGCGUUCCCGUCACGGCGCGCAGGCUUGCGCCGUUAUGUCCGCCGUUCUCCUUCUCGCUUCCGUCUCCCUUCUCUACACGCGUCUCUCGCUCUUCUCAUCUCACUCGCCGAACCACCUCCGCUCCGGCUCCGGCGAAGACGCGGUUUUGUUCCCGGAUUCUCUCCUCGUCUCAGAUUCCGACAUCGUCGAAUCCGGCGGGGGAAGAGGAUCCACCACCUCAGCCGAGGAUAGAAUCGACGAGCACGACGACGCGAUCGAGGACGACAGAAACGACGGCGUUUCGAACGAGGAAGACGAGAAUCAGGACGCGGAGCAAGAGCAGGAAGUGGAUCCUAAUCGGAACAGCAAAACUUCUUCUUCUGGGUUUUACUUCGAUCACGUUCACGGAGUCAUCAGAAGAGCCUUCAACAAACGAUCGAUCGACGAAUGGGAUUACGAUUACGCAGGUUUCAGCAUCGGAUCGGGAAUUGGUGGGAGUGACGAUAACUCGGGAGCAAAGAGUAAAGCUGCGUUCGGAUCCGACGAUGUUCCUCUAGACGAAUCGAUUCGAAGGAAGAUCGUUGAGGUCACGAGCGUGGAAGACGCGUUGCUGCUGAAAUCGGGUAAGAGGGUAUCGCCACUGAGAGAAGGCUGGGGAGAUUGGUUUGAUAAGAAAGGUGAAUUCUUGAGGAAAGAUAGGAUGUUUAGGUCGAAUAUCGAGACAUUGAAUCCGUUGAAUAAUCCGAUGUUGCAGGAUCCUGAUGCGGUUGGGAUCACUGGGUUGACGAGAGGUGAUAAGGCUGUGAAGCAGUGGAGGUUGAGUGAGGUUAAGAGAAACCCUUUCAUGGCGAAGAAGCCGUUGAGUGUUGCUGAGAAGAGAGUACCAAAUGAGUUUAGAGAGAGUAGAAGUGUUGAUGAGAGGAAGAGUGAGAUCAAGAGUGGUGAACGUAAGACAUUAGAUGAUGCUGAUGAUGCUAAGAGAAUGGAGACAAAGGAAGAGAAGAAUGUGGAAUUGGAGAGGGAACAUUUGUAUGCAGAUGGAACGAGAUGGGGAUAUUACCCUGGAUUGGAUUCGAGUCUGUCGUUUUCGGGUUUUAUGGAUUCGUUCUUCAGAAACGAGAAAUGUUCUGUGAGAGUGUUUAUGGUGUGGAAUUCGCCUGGUUGGAUGUUUAGUGUUAAGCACCAGAGAGGGCUUGAGAGCUUACUUUCUCAGCAUCGAGAUGCUUGUGUAGUGGUUUUCUCCGAGACAGUCGAGCUUGAUUUCUUCAGAAACACCUUUGUGAAAGACGGUUACAAAGUUGCUGUGGCAAUGCCUAACCUUGAUGAGUUGCUGAAGGAUACGCCUACUCACGUGUUUGCUUCUGUGUGGUUCGACUGGAGGAAGACAAAGUUUUAUCCUACUCACUACAGUGAGCUUGUCCGGCUUGCUGCCCUGUAUAAAUAUGGUGGGGUUUAUCUGGAUUCUGAUGUGAUAGUUUUGGGUUCUUUAUCAUCACUGAAAAAUACUCUCGGUGUGGAGGAUCAAGCAGUGGGUGAAUCGCUGAAUGGUGCUGUUAUGUCCUUCGAAAAGAAAAGUCCAUUCUUACUUGAAUGUUUGAACGAGUACUACUUAACGUACGACGACAAGUGUUUGCGAUGCAACGGAGCUGAUCUCUUGACUCGGGUGGCUAAACGGUUUCAAAACGGGAAGAAUCGGCGUGUGACUCAACAGGAGCUCAACAUUCGACCGUUCUCUGUUUUCUUCCCAGUCAGCUCACAACAGAUAACAAACUAUUUUUCAAUUCCUGCAACAGAGGAUGAGAAAACGCAGCAAGACGAAUUGUUCAAGAAGAUCAUCAACGAGUCCUUAACGUUCCAUUUUUGGAACAGCGUAACUUCAUCUCUAAUCCCUGAACCAGAGAGCCUCGUUGCUAGGUCGAAUAGAUUCCUUCUGAGACCUUCUGAGAUACCGAAUUCUCUAUGCUCUCUUUACUUCUUCAGAUUGAUCUCUUCCGACCACGAAUCCGGUGAUUUUUCUCCUCCUCCUCCUUCUCCUUCUCCGUCAUCUUCACCUUCCCAGUCUCUAGUUAAAUCGGUCUGUUCAUUGGUCUGUCAUUCCUAUCUCCGUCAAACCCAUGUCAUAUUAUCCCCACACCGCGUCAAUCUCGACCUCGACGCUAAUUCUCUUACCCACGAGCAAGCGAUCACCGUGGUGGCUACACUCGCGAGCGAAGCCGGUUCGAUGGUGGCUCUCUGCUUCUUCUACUGGUCACUGGGUUUCGAAAAGUUCCGACAUUUCAUGAGACUGUAUCUCGUUACCGCUGAUUCUUUGAUUGCCAAUGGGAAUCUGGAGAGAGCUCAUGAGGUAAUGCGAUGUAUGCUUAGAAAUUUCUCGGAGAUCGGGAGGUUAAACGAGGCUGUUAAUAUGGUUAUGGAUAUGCAGAAUCAGGGAUUAUCACCUAGCGCGAUAACUCUGAAUUGCGUUCUUGAGAUUGCGAUAGAGUCGGGUUUGAUAGAAUAUGCAGAGAACGUGUUCGACGAAAUGUCUGUGAGAGGAGUUUGUCCCGAUUCAAGCUCUUAUAAGCUUAUGGUUAUUGGUUGUUUUAGAGACGGUAAGAUUCAGGAAGCUGAUAGGUGGCUAAGCGGAAUGAUCCAAAGAGGGUUUGUUCCUGAUAACGCUACAUGCACAUUGAUACUUAGUGCUUUAUGUGAGAAUGGUUUAGUGAAUAGAGCAAUCUGGUAUUUCCGUAAGAUGAUUGAUUUAGGGUUGAAGCCGAACUUGAUUAAUUACACGUCUUUGAUCGAUGGGUUAUGCAAGAAGGGGAGUAUCAAGCAGGCUUUUGAGAUGUUAGAGGAAAUGGUUAGAAUUGGUUGGAAGCCAAAUGUGUAUACGCACACGGCUUUGAUUGAUGGGUUAUGUAAAAGAGGAUGGACUGAGAAAGCGUUUAGGCUGUUCUUGAAACUCGUUCGUAGUGAUAAUUACAAACCUAAUGUGCAUACUUAUACUUCGAUGAUUGGUGGGUAUUGCAAAGAAGAUAAGUUGAACCGUGCAGAGAUGUUGUUUAGCAGAAUGAAAGAGCAGGGUUUGUCUCCUAACGUGAACACGUAUACAACGCUUAUCAAUGGCCACUGUAAAGCUGGAAACUUUGAUAGAGCGUACGAGUUGAUGAAUGUGAUGGGUGGUGAAGGUUUUAGGCCGAAUAUUUAUACGUAUAACGCGGUUGUAGACAGUCUCUGUAAGAGAUCAAGGGCAUCUGAAGCUUAUGAGUUGUUGAAUAAAGCAUUUUCUUGUGGACUAGAAGCUGAUGGAGUUACUUACACUAUUCUUAUUCAAGAACAGUGUAAGCAAAGUGACAUUAAGCAAGCUCUUGCGUUUUUCUGCCGGAUGAAAAAGACUGGUUUUGAAGCCGAUAUGCGGUUGAACAACAUUUUGAUAGCUGCAUUUUGUAGGCAAAAGCAAAUGAAGGAAAGUGAGAAGCUUUUUGAGUAUUCGGUGAGUCUUGGCUUGGUUCCAACGAAGGAGACUUAUACGUCAAUGAUUAGCGGGUAUUGUAAGGAAGGUGGCAUCGAUCUGGCUUUGAGAUAUUUUAACAACAUGAAGAGGCAUGGAUGCGUUGCAGAUAGCUUCACCUACGGUUCGCUAAUAAGCGGUCUGUGCAAGAAGGCCAUGGUAGAUGAGGCUUGUAAGCUUUACGAAGCGAUGAUUGACAAAGGUAUUUCUCCUUCUGAGGUGGCUCGGGUCACGUUAGCGUACGAGUACUGUAAGAGGAAUGAUUCGGCCAAUGCAAUGAUUCUGUUGGAACCGUUGGAUAAGAAGCUGUGGAUUAGGACGGUUAAGACACUUGUGAGAAAGUUGUGUAGCGAGAAGAAAGUUGGAGUGGCUGCUCUGUUCUUUCAGAAAUUGUUGGAGAAAGAUGGUAACGCUGAUCGCGUUACCUUGGCUGCUUUCACUACAGCUUGUUCUGAGUCUGGCAAAAACAACCUUGUUGCUGAUUUGACUCUGAGAAUCUCAAGAGGAGUAGGCUAG